CGCAGCCAGUAUGCGGUUUUAUUUUACUAGCAUUACGUCGCGGUCUAAGCUCGAAUUAUGUCUUAGGCAUUUAAGACACCGUCUGUGUAUCGUGAAAAGUGUUGGAUGUUUGACCUCUGCAGACCGUUCGCGUAUCGGAGGACUGUAACCAAAUAUUACAAUAAAGAAGUCUACAAUAAGUCUACUUAAAUUCGAUACGAAAAUAAGAAAAUUAAUGACAAUGUCUUGUCAUUCCAAUGGCGCUAUGAAUGAAUCAGACGAUGAGCGUGAGCUUACCAGCCUGACCUGGUUAAUGGAGCUGCGUAAUCAGAAUUUUAGUUGGCCAAAUGUUAUGCACCCGGCUACUUUGGAUGAUGACACGAAGAAUGGCCAAAGCAACGAGACCACCGCAGAGGAAGAUUGCCGACAGCAGGAGCUGUAUGCUGAAACCGCAAAGAAGGACUGUCCGAAUAUUGGCGCACUCAAUAAUGAAGCGGGACUCAACAAAAACGACAAGAGACGCACUGAUGCUGAUGCUGCUACAGAUAAAAUGCCAAUGCCAAUCAAUAGCGGCGAUGAGAAGAGCGCUAGGCGUUUGGGGAAUGGCAAAUGCAUUGAGAAGCCAAGUAAAAAGCCAACAAACGUAGCGGUGCAAAGCCAGCAGCCACAAAUCCAAUUGAAAAGAGCCACACCAGCGGAACGAUAUGAAAUCUUUCUGGAAAAGGUGAAAAGAGACUUUGAAGAGUACGAAAAAUCGGCCGUGAACUAUCAAACAGACACAAUGGAAAAACCACCUUUCAACUACUCACAUAUAAUCGGUAUGGCGAUGUUGGAGAAUGGGCGAGUAACGUUGCAACAAAUUUGCGCUUGGAUUGAAAAAAAGUUUGCAUUUUUUCGCGUAAGAAAAAAAUGGAAUAACUCUAUACGCCACAAUUUGUCACUGCACCAAUGUUUUCGAAAAAUUGACCGCAAAAAAUUUGAAAAGGGCAAAGGCGGCUACUGGGAGCUGGGUAUCGACCCUCGGAAAUCCGACCGAAAGCGAAUACGCAACCGCAAGGGAGCGCAAUAUAGAAACAGACAUCAGCAGCAAACACAACAACAACAACCACAGCAACUAACAGCUAUAUUUAAUAUGAACAAAUCUGGCACGACCCCAGCAGCGACACCAACAGCAACUGCGGAACAACACACCGCAACUUACAGCAAUAUGUUUGAAAGCCUUCAGUACCAACAAAAUCAAACGAAUGCUUCGGUAUACGAUGAAUUACCGAAACUACAAAUCGGAAGUUGUUAUAGUGAUUGCUGCCCGCAAAAACCGCCCGUUUCUGCCAAUGCGGCCAGCGAUGAAUGCAGCGAACACGCCAACGAGCAUUUGCUCCUCGAUGAGCUGGACAUACAACAAAAUGUGGACGUUGUCAGCUGCUGUCAGCAAACGCAACCGGCGCAGGAUAUUUUCAUCGGCGGCAUACUGGAGUGCAAUACGUCGGACCCGUCUGCGAGCACGCUGAGCAAUUUGUCCGGUGAUGGCAGCCAACAAACGAUCGAACUACUGCAGAGCCACCAACAACUACGACAGUAUCAAUUGGGGACGAUAAUUAUAAGCAAAACUACGUCCAAUACUGGUGAUAUACCAAACUUUGCCGCUACAACGGGGUCCAUCAAUUGUUUCAUCAACGGAGAGUACGUUAAUGAGAAACAACAUGAACAACAACAAAACUUUAUUUUUAUCAAUGAUGAAGGUAUCCCAACUUCAUGCGAAAACAUACUUGUGUCCUCUUAUCUAGAUAAAGAAGAAUCAUCCAAUAAAUUUCCGAAAGUUUCCAAUUGCCAAACAAAUGAACAAUCAAGGAGAAUAAUGAAUUACAAUCCCGAUCUAACUACAAAUACUAUUACAAAAUUGACUACGAAAUGCCUUUCGCCCGUACUAAUCAACAGCAACGAAAACGAAAAAAAAGGCGGAAAUGCAUACUCACCAAGGCCAAAUGUUAUCGUUGAACAUCUAGUGCAACCAUCUGGUUACGUCACAGCCUCUUCAAUGGCAACCACAACCGCCACAACACUUAUGACACACACCACUGAUUUUGGCAACUACGGUACUAUUUUCAAUGCACAACAACACCAGAAUCAGCAAAUUAUGGCAAUUGACAACAUUCGACCAUAUAUCGAUGGUAUUGAAGAAGCCUUUCAGUAUCUGCGUAGCAUGGAUAACAAUCGUGAAGAUAUACUAGAUAAUUUCCUGGACAUUUCUGUGAGCGACUACUAGUAUCUAUUACUCGAAUACCUACCUACUUAAAAGAAACAAACUAUUUAAUUAGAGCAUAAAUUUGAAUUAAAUAUGGAUGAACAUUUGAUUUAUUGA